ACUGAAGAUGGAGGGGCAGAAAAUACAAUUAUUUAUCCACUUUAAAUGCCUCAAAUUUCAUAAAAUCACAAAAACAGUCCCCAUUCAAAAACCCUAGAUACAAUACAACCCUCCCGCCCAUUCCCAAUCCGUUUCCCCCUCCGGCAAUGGCCACCGUUUCCAAGCCGCCGGCGAGCUUCGCCAUCACACCCCACAAGCUCUCCAUCUGCAUUUUGGUUCAAGUGUACGCGCCGCCUUCUCAAAUCUCCGUUCCGUUUCCUUUCUCAUCCGUUUCCCAGCACAACAGUCUCGGCAUUUUCCUGAUAUCACUCACAAAGGCAUGUGAUGGCAUUUUUGAGCCGACGGUAGAUGAACUGAUUGAUCAUUUGAGGGAGAUUGGUGGCUUGCUCAAUCACUGGUUGAGUGAUCACUUAACUCGGAGGCUUUCAUCGUUGUCAUCACCGGAUGACUUGUUUAAUUUCUUUGCUGAUUUGCGAGGGAUUUUAGGGGGCUCUGACUCUAAUGUUAUGGACGAUGAUCAAAUUAUGUUGGAUCCUAACAGUAAUAUUGGCAUCUUUAUAAGGCGUUGCUUGCUUGCCUUCAAUCAAAUGUCAUUCGAGGGUAUCUGCCACCUUUUAACAAAUAUAGGGUCAUAUUGUAAGGAAUCCCUCUCAGGGUACCCUCCGUAUGAGUUUUCCUCUAAUGAUCCAAAUGUUCCAUCAGAGUUUGAGAAUAUGGAUAUGGAAAAUUUUAAUUAUGAGAAAGAUAGUGAAGAUUUUGAGGAAAGUAGCAUGGAAGUCGGAAGAAUUCCUUACCGUGGCCAUGCAUCCAAAGUUUUUUCUGAAUUAGAUGAAGAUACUAAUAUGUCUUCGAGCUCAAGGCUGGGACAUGUUGAUAGGAAUGCAGAAGUCACUUCUUGUGCGUUCUCUUCCAGUGAUAUAUCGAGGAGUAGCAACUCCAGUAAUGGGACUUUCCUACAUACAAAUUGGCAGGUACAAGGCUACCUAUCAGAGCAAGCAGAUGCUAUUGAGAAGCGUGGAAGCUCCUUCCCGCACAAUGCUUUUGAAUCUAUGCUAAAAAAUCUUCAACAAUUGGCACCCGAAUUACAUCGGGUUCACUACUUAAAUUAUUUGAAUAGCCUUCACCACGAUGACUAUCCGAGUGCAUUGGAGAACCUUCACCGUUAUUUUGAUUAUAGUGCAGGGACUGAAGGAAUCGAAAGUGGACCCCCUGCAUCUGGAUCCAGUAGCUUUGGGAGAUAUGAAAUUGCUUUGUUAUGUUUAGGAAUGAUGCAUUUUCAUUUGGGGCACCCGAAGCAAGCUUUGGAAGUUUUAACUGAAGCAGUUCGAGUUUCUCAGCAGUACAGUGAUGACACAUGCCUCGCAUAUACACUGGCGGCAAUUUCUAACCUCUUGUCUGAAGUUGGAAUAUCAAAGACAUCUGGAAUUAUUGGAUCAUCAUACUGGCCUGUUGCUGGUAUGGGCACUUCAUUAUCUGUACAACAACAGUUAUUUGUGCUGCUACGGAGAUCCUUAAAGAGGGCUGAAGGUCUAAAGUUGAAACGACUGGUGGCAUCUAUUCAUCUUGAAAUUGCUAAAUAUGAAAUUACGCAUGUUCAAAGACCACUACUUUCAUUUGGCCCAAAGGCUUCAAUGAAGCUUAGAACAAGCCCUGCCAAUGUUUACAAGGAGUUAUGGUUGAGUUCUCGUCUAAUUAAUGAGUUUGGUGAUGAAAGUUCUGUCAUGACUGUUGAUGGUGCUCUCUGCGCGUCAUGGCUGAAUAGUUUGAAGAAGCCAACAGGCUCAUUAAUUUUCACCCAAGAAAAUGAAACCAGGAGCAAUGACGCAUUCCAGUUUUCUGCACAGCCAAGUUCAAUUCCCGGAUCAGUGUUACAGUUAUUAGGGUCUUCUUAUUUGGUUCGUGCUAGUUCUUGGGAGAUGUAUGGCAGUGCUCCUCUAGCUCGAAUGAAUGCGCUGGUUUAUUCAACAUGCUUUGCAGAUUCGUCAAGUUUAUCUGAUGCUGCAUUAGCAUACUCCAAGCUCAUCCAACAUAUGGCUGUCUAUAAAGGAUACAAAGAUGCUUUUGCUGCACUGAAAAUAGCAGAAGAGAAGUUCAUGUGUGUUUCAAAGUCCAGAAUCCUGAUACUGAAACUACAGUUGCUGCAUGACUGUGCUUUACAUAGGGGACACUUAAAACUAGCUCAGCAAUUCUGUAACGAGCUUGGGGUUUUGGCGUCUUCUGUAACUGGUGUUGACAUGGAGCUAAAGACAGAAGCUAGUCUCCGUAAUGCUCGAACAUUACUUGCUGCAAACCAGUAUACACAGGCAGCAGCUGUUGCACACUCUCUGUUCUGCACUUGUUACAAGUUUAACAUGCAAGUUAAAAAUGCCACUGUUCUUCUGUUGCUUGCUGAGAUACACAAGAGAUCAGGCAAUGCUGUUUCAGGAAUUCCUUAUGCUUUGGCUAGCCUUUCCUUUUGUCAGUCAUUUAACUUGGAUCUUCUCAAAGCGUCUGCAACACUAAUAUUGGCCGAGUUAUGGCUCUCUCUUGGAUCAAAUCAUGCGAAAAAGGCUUUGGCCCUUUUACACAGUUCUUUUCCUAUGCUUCUCGGUCAUGGUGGUUUGGAGCUUCGUUCUCGAGCAUUUAUUACAGAAGCAAAAUGCUAUUUAGCAGACCCAAGCUUUUCAGUUUCAGACAAUCCAGAGAUGGUGCUAGAACCUUUAAGACAAGCUUCAGAAGAACUUCAGCUCUUGGAGUGUCAUGAAUUAGCAUCGGAAGCUUUCUACCUGAUGGCCAUUGUUUACGACAAGCUGGGGCAAUUGGAUGAGAGGGAAGAAGCUGCUUAUUCUUUUAAGAAGCAUAUUACGGCAUACGAGAAUCCACAAGAUACGGGUGAUUCUUUCUUCAAUAUUUUGUCAAGUAAGUCCUAAUAAUCUUCAGAUAAAUACGUACAAAAUAUCGAGUUUGUAGUAACGGCAUUAUUUAUAGGCGCUGUGGUGUCUGCAUUGCAUGUAAUUAUCAUGUCGUAUGAAGUUUUUUGUAUUGUUUCUUCUUUGUGAACUAUAUAUAUAAAUAUGCACUAGCAGAUAAGUUUGGUUUCUCUGAUAUGAUAGGAAUCACGUAAUUCAUGGUGUUUUACACUAAAGAACCGUGAAUAUCUGUGUGCAUUUAUCUGGGCUAUAAUUUCAUGCAUGUUUAUUAUUAGAAUUAGGUUUGGCGUACACAUGUGACUUCUUUUAAGUUUUAUUUAUUUGGUGGUGGAACUUUGAU